AUGCCAUCUUUGGUGUCACUACAGCUGAUGAGGAAUCGCUUACAUCUCGCGUACUUGGGGCGGAAGCUGAUGAAGUGGUCCGCGCUCGCCACCGGGCGUGAACUACGGAGCAUAGCUAUGACGUUGGACUCUGUGUACAAGUCAUUCGGGGAAGACUUGCAAAACGCGUACAUGCUGUUGGCGCGAGCCAGGUACUUCUGUCCAUUCAUGAACAAAAUGGUCAUAGAGAACAUUGAUAAUCAGUCUGGUGUAGAGCCUUACGAACAUUUGGGAAUAGAGAAAGGUGGCCAGCAAAUACACGAGGCGAAGGUUGCUUGGUUAGAGCUACUCAAGCGACUGAUCUUGAUCGUGGAGUUGAGGGUCAGCUUCAAAUUGCUUGAAAUCUCCAAUCUCAGUGCUACAAAGCGACAAAAAGUUUUGGAGAAGUUGGUAGCUCCGAGAACCAUCAUGACUAUACGGUACAUAACCGAUGAACUAGAAGAGAAAGCCAGAGAGGACUUUUUCAGACUGAAAAAAACUAUGCAAAUAAAACGAAAAUUAGCUUUGGCAGCGGCUAAAUUACAGGCAAAUGGUUUGUCAAAAUCACAAACAUCAAUAGUACUUACAGAAACGAGCAUACCUGAAAUACUUGAAGAUGAUGUAAUUCAGGAAAUAAAAGAGGAUUUGUUAACAGAUACUAAUAUCCAGGAAGAAAUAAAAGAGGAUUUGUUAACAGAUACUAAUAAUCAGGAAGAAGUGAAAGAGGAUUCUAUUAAAUCACCGAAAGAGGAUAUUAUACCAUCGAAUAAUAUUGAAAAAAUCUCUAAAACAAAUAGUGAAAUCACUUCAAAACCGAUGUACAGCGUUGAAAGUAUACGGUCUGAAAAAGUAAUUAAGAAUUUGAGCACUCGACCGAGUAGAGAAAAUAUGAACAAAGAGGUUGAGCGAGAAAAUAUCUCAUGCCUCGAAAUAUGCGAUUCGUGUCGAGAUCAUUUGAAGCAGGAAUCUUUAAUAACUAAAGAAAAUGAUACAGAUACUAAAACAGAUUUAGAAUUAGGUGUGUGGGAGACUGAGUAUGAAGAAAUCAUUAAAAUAGUUCGGGUUCAAAAAGAAGAUGGCACCAUAGUAGAGGAAAAAAAGGUCAUUAAAAAGCGGAAGGAAAAUAGAAUACCGAUAGAUCAACUAAACGUGGAUAAGGACAUUGAUGAGUCGACUUCUUCUAAAUCAACUCAUUUUUCUGGUUCACAGACGAUCGGUACUGUCACAGUAAAAAAUAAAUCCGCUUUUAGUGUAAAAAGAAAUGCAAUAUCGGAAACAAUUAUGUGUCUGCCAAAAAUGACAAACCCGAUUAUUCGAUAUUGUUUAUCAACAGCCUGCACUAAAUCAACUAACGACACUUAUGAUUUUUAUUGUGUAUCUCUAUUCCAAAGUCGUGAAGAUAUAAUUUCAAGUGACAAAUCUUAUGCCUCUAGCAUAGAAUUAGAGGUGAUCCUGAACAAUUAUACUACUACAAGUGCAAUCUCAUCUACUUUUGAUAGUAUCAAUAGUUCUGUUACCCAUUAA